UAAGGCACCAAGUAAGGAGGCAAGCAAGCACACAGGCAAGCACGCAAGCGAGCGAGCGAGCGAGCGAACUUUUGUUAACCACCCCAAAAGCACAGGCAGGAUCCCUCCAAGAAGACCCACCUAUAGUUUUCGGGGUCAUUGGCAACAGACGGAGUUCGCGUCUUUGCCACAAAAAAAACCGCUUAACAACACUCUCCCCCACCUUCCCAAUCUGAGAGAGGAGGGGCAAACCAACGUCCACUUGUGAAUCCUGCAGAAUCCGUCCAAUACGUAUCAGGGGGAAAUUCGCCUCACCAGGUUCCUCGUGGGAAGAGAUGCGCGGGUAACGAGGAUGUGAAGGAAGAGCUCGGGAGUGAUUUUUGCCCAUUGCUCAGGGGUAUAAAUACUAGAAUGAACAUCAAAUCUUCAUACCAAUUGUCAAUUUGACUCACCGACGGUAACACCAAACAGAUCCUCUCAUCUAAAUAUGAAGCUCUUCAUUGUACUCUCUGCCUUGGCCUUGGCCAAUGCUGAUCUCAUCCGUGGGCGUGGUGAGCGACAAGGUCGUCAAGCUAACGAUGCCGUUAACGGUGGUGUUGACUUCAGCGGCUGCCAGAAUGACCCUGAGACCGGCCUUUGCUGCGUGGAAAAAGAAGAGACAGUGACCUCGAUCCAGAAGGAUCCCAUUCUUGAAUGCACGCACAAAAAUGUGGAAAAAUGUCACUACACCUAUGUAACACAAUUCGAACCCGCCCAGGAGGAGGUUUGUGAAGAGAACUUUGAAAAGUCCUGCCAGAUCACCUUCAAGCAGCAAGCCAUUGAGGAGCAAGUGAAGAAAUGUUACCGUCCUCUGGAGAAGAUCUGCAAUGGUCAAGGACCCGAGGAGUGCCGUACCGUCUACGAGUCCUCUUGCACCACCAAGUACGUUGAGAAGCAACCCGGCAAGUUCGUGGGUGACACCAAGUGCGAGAAGCUCCCCAUUGAGAUUUGCGGUGCUGGUUGCGUGACUGAGGAGGGUCCCGAGGAGUGCCACGACAAGACCAUCACUUCCUUAUUGGAUGUGCCCGAGGAAGUGUGUGACUUGAACCCACAAAAGACCUGUAAGUUCCAAACCAAACUCGUGCCCAAACUCAAGCCCGAGCACGAGUGCACCAUCAUUCCGCAAGAGAUCUGCAACCUUAAAUUUACCUCACCUCAACAAGUUGAAAAGCCUUUGAAGACCAAGUGGUGUUUGGACCCCAGCGCCCCUGUUCCAGAUCAGACCUACGAUGAGGCCAACGCUGGAGCUGCUCCUCUGCGCCGAUAACAAUCAAAUCCCUCAUAUUUUCGGGGAGAUUAACUGUUGUCACAUCCCCGGUAUUCAUCAUUUAUUUAUAUUCCUAUUUAAUCUAUCCAUGUGAGUUACUGAGAUCAAUAAAGUUCUGUUCCCGUAACAACACAAGUAUC